AAUUAUCUAACGAGAGUACAACCAAAGAAGGUAAAACCGUAAUAGAUAUGGCCGCGGCAACGUCGUCCGGCGCCGGCGGGAGCGGCAGAGAUGGGUCGGCCAAGACCAUGGUGGCCGAUCAAAUCACUCAGUCUGUCCAGUCCACCUCCAAUCUCCUCCACCUCAUGCUCCAAUCUUCCCCUUCUCAGGCCCAACUGCAGAAACUCCCAAAGAGUCUUUUGGCUAAGACCUCGACAAUCAAGAAUACAUCGUUGGUAUUGGAGCAACUGCCUCAGAUAAUUUCAUCAUUGGAUGCGCAUAUGGAUCAAGGAUUACAAUGUGUUCCUCAGCUGAAAACUGUAAUCCAGCUACUCUCAAACAUUGAGAACUGCCAACUUAAGCCUUUAUCCAAUGUUCAGCUUUCUCAAGAGGAGGUUGAACCAGCAUCACAUCCUCUAGAAGCAAGCAAGCAUCCCCUUGCAUGACAUAGUGAAGCCCCAGAGACCAAUUCAAGAUUACCAGGAUCAAUAUGCAUCGUACCAUGAACUUGGACAAAAAUCUAGUGUUCUUUACCGUUGUUGUUGGCUAACGAAAGCAAUUGGUGUGCAAAUCAAAUCCAUCAUGAUGAAGUGAAGGUCAGUUGGCAUCCUAUGAUCUCUUUGAUGCCGCAGUCAUAGUGGACUGCGCAUAAAUUUCGAAUGUUUCAUGUUUUUAAAAUUUUUCUAGCUGCCUUAAAUGACGCAAGUUCUUUUCAGUCUUUUUCAAUAUGUAUUGUGUGUAUAUGCAGACAAAAAUCUUGUCCAAGUUAGCAAAGGACACGGUUGAAAUUGGUAAAUGAAAACAUGUUAUGUUUGACUAAACGAUACAUAGGCCACCAUGUGUAGAAUGUAAUGUCUACUUCUGCCUAAAGAGAAUGAAUAAUUGCAGUGUUUAUUUUGGAUA